AUGCCACCGCCACUGUCCUCUGCCGCCAGAGUAGCAGUCAGACUAGCCAAAGCUGCGAGGAAGGCCGAGAAGACGGCAACCACCAUCGACAGGGGAGAAUUGGCCGCCGCCGUCGCCCAACUGAGAAAGUCCAAAAAAUCAUCAAUCCCUGCCGACACUGCUGCCCGCCCUUUGCCCAAUCCCACCGAGACUGCCAAACAGGACAUCGCAGACUCGUCUCGCCACCGGAAUCUCUCGUCCUACCGCAACUCUCUCACCUACUAUGUCCACCCGGACUAUCCCAUCGGACAAAGUCUCAGCGACGCCUUCCCCGAUGGCAGACAAUUUGGUCCCACUGCCGGCAAGGACAAGUUCCCAGACAGAGUCGACGUCGUGAGCGAGCCUCUGUGCGAUGAAAUCAUCAACUACAUCGGCCACGACUUGGACAAGCACAAAGGAUGCGACAUUAUCGAUCUCCAUCCUGGCGCCUGUCUGUGGUCGCAAAAGAUCCACCAACUUCUGAAACCCCGUCGCCAUCUCCUCCUCGAGCCCGACGAGCGCUACCUGGAACCCUUCAUCAAGCCUUUGUUGGACCAGAAGGACUCGGCUUACCGUCACACCACCCUUUCUGGCGCUGCCCCAAAGGGCUACUUUGACACAUAUGACAAGAUCUUCGACGACCACCUCUUGCCGAGGAGGGAUCCUCUUCCUGACUCGGAUCCACGCCUGCGUGAACCCAACAAUUCCUUACUCGUCAUCGGCAGCCUGGUCCGCCGCUAUCCCGAAAUUCGUGGAGGCAGCAACCAAGUCUCUUUUCCGAGUAUGGUCCUGCACCAGAUGGCCGAAGCCGCCCAGAUCAAUACCAUGUUCCAACGCUACGGGCUGGUGCGCUUGCUCCUCUGGAUUCCCGACGAACUCAAACACGCUGCCUUGCCUGAUUCUGUCAUACACAAGGUCGGUUUCUCGGUCAAUGUCGACUCCUCAUUUGAAGUUGCCGAAAUUGUUGGCAGUGAUCGCUCUCAGCUCUCGCGUAUCGAUGCGCACAAGAAAGUCAUGCACAGGCAGCGUCAAGAUCAACUUGAAGUCUGGAGCGCCCGAAAAGUCCUUGAGCGCAUGCAGUCCAAAGACAUGUCUGUUCCGGAGCAUCGCCGCCCUGAUUUUCACCAGAAAGCCCUGGACACCGACGGCGAUGCCCUCGAAGCCUACAUCCCGAUACACUUGCCCAAGGACAAACCUUUACAGACCCUUCUCGCCGACCAUGAAGGCCAAGUCAGAAAGCUGCAAGAAUUUGCAGCAACGCCCAGACCCCAACGAAAACGCAUGAAUAUUCCAGCAAAAGUCAAACUUACAAAUGUCAGCCAGGAGUAUAUCACGGUUACCGAACACGAGUCCGUUAGAUAUUACAUUGAUGUUUGGGGCGAACAGAUUGCCCUUGAACACGAGUACAGUACAACCAAAACCAAACUAUCAGAGGAAAUACGGAAGGACUUGGAGGCGAGACUUGUUGAAACCAGCAACAAUAUUGCAUCUGUUAUGCAGACCCUGUUCAACGUUCAGGUGAUAAAACAACUGCGCAUCCUCCUUGACGAGUAUUUCGCGCUGUGUAAGCCGAAUCCAAUGAUGCAGUAUGAUCGACGACCCUUCGAGCCCAUGACGGUAGCGAUUGAGGAGUUUUGGCCUCGCUUCCCUAUGCGACUGCUCGACCUCAAGCCGCGGUCAGAAGCACUCGGGGACGACUUGAUGAACCCGACCGAAGCCACGCACAUCAAGCGGGGCCUGCUCAAAGCACUGUUCACGCACCCUGCGGCGCCAUUAAUGGAGUCGAUUGAUAGACUUGGACCAGGAGCGCGCGAUAUCCUUCCGCCAGAAUUCAGGGACUCGACUACAGGCGGAAUGUUGAACCCUGAGCAUCUGCUGACCAAAAACAUCACGCGGGAGCAGCUGGUCGCCCUGACAAAAGCGUACAUUGAAUGGCCGUUUCGACCACUCGGAUCAGAAGCGCUCGAAGCCUCCGAAAGCGAGGUGGUGUAG